CACACAACGUGGUCGGGAUCGAUCAAAAUUGGAUUAACACCGACGCCACCGGACAAAUUCGUGUUUCCAAACUCUAUCAUAGAACUGAAGGAUGGUACUGUUGUUCUGUCUGGUUAUAACGUGAUGGUGAACGGAGAGACGAGAUGUGAAAGGUAUUGUCAGAAUGGUCUCGAUUGUCUGGCGGAAGGUGACAGUGUAGGAGUGAAGAUCAGUAAUCAAACAGCACACUUUUAUGUGAAUGGUCAAAGUCUCGGUCCUGCUAUCAUGAAUUUGCCAUCAGUUUCUUAUUGGGCAGUCAUCGAUAUGUAUGGCCAGUGUGUUCAGGUUAAAAUUGCUCCUAGAGAAAUGGAAAGAUCCAGAAGCAUUGAUAGAAGGAUUCCAUUGGCUUUUCAUUCUCGUUGUGGUAGCUAUGUACAUAUCACUAAUGACAGACGAUCUGCUUCACGACAUCAAGCUUGUGACGAAUUCAACAAUGGUGUGGUGUUUAGCAAUCGACCAUUAAAUGGCAAUGAACUGUUUGAGGUUGUAAUUGUGAAGAAACUUAAAAAAUGGUCUGGUUCACUCGAAAUAGGCGUGACAGGUCACAAGCCAGAGACUUUGGAGAUUCCUUCAUCAUUGACUAACUUUAGGGAAGCGACAUGGGUUUUGGGUGGUGAUGGAGUGGUCCGAGAUGUAGAUGGAGCAUCAUCUGAUGUCUAUACUGACAAAGUGCUUGAUAGGCUGCCAGAAAUGUCUCGUGUAGGUGUUAUGAAGAAACGAAAUGGAGACUUGCAUUUCUUCAUCAAUGGCAACGAUCAGGGAUUAGCUGCCAGACGUGUACCAUCGAAUGUUUAUGCUGUCAUUGACAUCUAUGGUCAGACAGCUGAAGUUAAACUUUCUGAAGCUACGGGAAAAAUGAUUGGACAACCGGUAGCAUCUGUUGUUAAUUCAAUGUCAUCCGAGUCGUCUGUGGAUCCAUUGCGUUUUCACAGACAUUGUGCAAAGUUUGCUAGAGUCUCUGAGGAUCGUCAAUCUGCUCAUAGAGUCAGACCUGCUGAAGAAUUCAAUUAUGGUGUUGUCAUGACUGAUCGCUCGUUAAACGACAAUGAACUAUUUGAAGUGAAAAUAGAAGAGCUCGUUGAUCGAUGGUCUGGCUCUCUUGAAAUUGGAGUCAGCACUCAAAGCCCUGACAAAUACGACUUCCCAGCAUCUAGUAUGAAUAUGAAAUCAGGCACGUGGAUCAUGAGUGGCAAUACUGUACAACGUGAUGGUCAUGAGUUAUGUUACAGCUACAAUGAGAAUCUCGAUUAUCUCAAGAUUGGAGAUCGUGUCGGUGUGCUUCGUAAAACUAAUGGAGAUCUCCAUUUUUAUAUAAAUGGUCAAGACUUAGGACGAGCAGUUCAAGGAUUGCCCAUCAACGUGUUUGGUGUAGUUGAUGUGUAUGGAAUUUGUUCAAGGAUUACUCUAACAUCAGAGAGUAGAUUAGCAGGCAGGGCAAGUAAUCAUAUGAACUCACAUGAACGUUCAUUGAGAUCUUCUGACCAUCCUCACAGACGUACCAGAGGCAGUAGGCGAAAUAUUUUAUGGAGAGGAAGUGAUGAUGAGAGUAUUUCUGAAAGUGCCAAUGAGUUGUCUACCAGAAAUGGUGAUCGGUCCAUUAACUUUCACAGAAAGUGUGGCACAAACGUUAAGAUAAACCAAAGUGAACGAGUUGCCAGUCGUGUGAAUCCUGACGUUGAGUUUAAUGGAGCUGUUUGUUUGACUAGUCGGCCUCUUCGAGAUGGAGAGAUCUUUGAAAUAGAGGUCAAAGAAGCUGUCAGUCGUUGGUCUGGAUCUUUGGAGAUGGGAGUUACACUCAUUGAACCCAAUGAGUUAGAGUUUCCAGAUACCAUGACUGACGUUACAUAUGACACAUGGAUGUUAUCAGGCUCAACUGUAAUGAAAGGUGGUAGUGCAAUAUUGAGGGGUUAUGGGAUAAAUUUAGAUGUCGUUGUACCGGGAAAUCGAGUUGGUGUGAUGAGGACAAGAAACGGUGAUUUGCACUUUUAUUUGGAUGGUCAUGAUGGUGGAGUUGCUGUGAGCGAUGUUCCUCCAGGAACUUACGGAGUUGUGGAUUUGUAUGGGCAGUGUUCGGAGGUAACAAUUACAAAUGGAGUUUUGGACAACAGAACAGCUGUUUCAUUGUUUCCUUCUCUUCCAGCAGGUGGUUGGGAAGGCUUACAUCGAUUUCAUUCUCUGUGUGGUCACCUUGUUAGCCUGCGUGAGAACAAUCGAGCAGCUCGUCGUACCGGAAGUUUUAACAAGGGUGUGGUGCUGAGCAGCGAACCACUGAGAAAUGGCGAACUGUUUGAAGUUGCCAUUGUAAAUAUUGCUAAACGUUGGGCUGGAUCCAUCGAGAUUGGUCUCACUGGCAUUUCUCCUGAGGAGCUGCAGCGAGUUGGAUUUCCAGACACUUGCGCGUCUUCUAAGCAAAGCACUUGGGUGGUGUCAGGCUCCACAGUGCUGGUCUCUGGGAGCACUUACAAGGAAAACUACUGUCGAUCACUUGACAGUCUGAAGGAAAAGGAUCGAGUAGGGGUAGUUAGAGAGUCUGACGGUUCAAUGCAUAUUCACAUCAACGGUCAUGAUCAGGGUGUCGCUGUCAAAGGCAUUCCUCCAAUGGUUUACGCAGUGGUUGAUUUGUAUGGACAGACGGACGAAGUAGUGAUUCGGAGCAAGAAACAAGAGUCCCCGGAAUUCGACGGGUUUAGAUCUCCAUCUGAGAGGAAAGAAUCAAGAAAGGAAGUAUCAACAACACCAGCAAAACCAGUCCAGUAUGAGUUUUGGAAAAACUGUGGAAAGAAUAUUAGUCUUAGCAAUGGAAAUAGAACUGCUGCAAGAACAGCUAGUUACAACUGUGGUGUGGUAUGCAGUCACCAACCUCUGGAAGUAAAUCAACUUUUUCAGAUCCGUGUACUCAAGUUGAACAAGACGUGGUCUGGAUCUUUGAUGAUUGGAGUAGUAGGGCAAGAUCCUGACGUUAUUGUUUCCCACCAAACAGCAACUGCAUUGAAGAGAAAUGCUGUCAUUGUCAGCUCUUCAUCCGUACAUGUUGACAGCCAAAAGGUGAAGGACAGGUAUUGCAGCAGUUUGGAUACCCUUUCUGUUGGAGAUGAAAUAGCAGUUUGUAUACGUGAGGGUGGAAUGCAUCUACUGAUCAAUGGAAAAGAUCAAGGAGAAGCAGCACCUAAUAUACCACCCAAGUGUUAUGCUGUUGUUGAUGUAUAUGGAAUGGCUGAACAGGUGAAGAUUGUGGGAGUUGGAGAUGAAGAGGAGAAAGAAGAUGAGAAAGAAGAUGAGAAAGAAGACGAGAAGGCCGACAGCAAAAUGGAAAUGCAAAUUUCACUGCCUGCAAAGUUAUUGGUUGCAAAACCAGAGUCAGAAGCAGUGCGUAGUUCUAAAAGUGUAGUUACUAAGCGAAAGUGCUCUUACCAGGAGCUGUGUCGAAGAUUUGUUGCCUCACUUGCUAUACCUGGUGCAUUCAUGGAGCGGCAAUAUGAUCUGUGCUAUUGUUUGGAAUGUCACACUAGUCGACAUGAUUUAAAUUAUUAUGAACGUGGUGAUCCACCAAGUACAUACGCACUGCCUAUUGGUUGGGCUCGAAGUGCUCUAAAGCUUCCGGCACGUGCUGAAAGUUUGGACAUUAAUAACAAAUGGCACGUUGCAUUUCAUGGAACACAACCAGCCAAUGUGCGGCCAAUACUGGAUUCUGGUGACUUUUUAAUACCUGGUGAUGUUGCUUUGGGUGGUACAACCAUAGCUGAGGGAAAAGGCCAUUACAAUGAUAAGUGGAAGCCAAAAGGAUUUGACACCAAGAAGAUUUUUGUGUCUCCAACAAUAAAAUACGCUGGUAUACAAGUCUAUGCUAAGAAAACAGAGUUUACUGAUCCCCUUACAAGGAAAAAGUAUAUUGCUCAAGUGGCGUUUCAGGUUCGGAUCAGGCCAGGAAGCUACGCAAAGGGAGACCUCACCGUUAAGUGUGUCAGUCCUCUAGAUGCAAAGAUUCCUAAUAAAGAGAUUGAAUGGUCAACUAAAGAACGAGGAGCAGUGAUACCAUAUGGACUGUUAGUGAAAAUUGCAAAGUCAUAAUUGCUUGGUACACUUUUUGGUACGAGUUUGUACGAUUUUAAUAAUAAUAUUGUAAUGUUCAAAUGCUGUGGUGCUCUAAUUCUUUGUAUAGAGUAUGAAAAAUGAGUCGUAGUUGAUAAAUUUUUAUCAACUUCAAGCAAAUAAUAUGUUUACAGUACUCUGUGGGUA